CCUCUGUUUGGAUUAUUGUGGAUUUAGACUGCACUUUACUACAUUAUUUGGUGCGGCUGGCACAAGGUUUGCCAGAAGUAUAUGUUUGCGCUUGACUGUUUGAGGCAAGUUAUGCUGUAUUUAUAUUAGGGUUCCUGUGGCAGUGGGCAGGCAUGUGAAAAUGCCUUUCUGCAUCACUUAAAAACUAUUGACAGUGAUAUGCAUCCCUCUUUUCAAUAUGGCCAUCAUCCGGUGGUAUGGGUCUAAAAGAGUGUGUAAAGCAUAAUAACAUGAAAAACUAUUCUAAGAAUGCUUACUAUAAUUUUUUGGUAGACUUUUAGAAGUUUGAUGCUCAUUCUACUCCCAUCAAUAAUUCCUCAAAUUAUUUUGUUCUGCUCGUCUUCUACUACCAUGCAUUUUUAAGAACAGUAGGAAUGAUGUCGCCUGACAAAGUGAACAGCAUUACUCAACUGGAAAUUUGGAGGGAACAAUGCCACAUGGCGGCUAGACCAGUUUAUAGAUUGCUUCUGAUUAAAUGCAUGCCCGAAUGUUUGGAAGCUCAUCGUUUUUACAGGAUUGCUGGGUGCCUUAGUCGCAUUGUGGUUUUCGUUUCUGCUUUUUUUUUUUCUUUCUGCGAGGAGCGUGAAAAUUGAAAUAUUUACUCAUGUGAGCCUCAUGUUGAUCUGUUGCAUUUUUUUUCUGUUGAACUGUCCUAAUUCAUUCAGUUUGACGGAAAGUGUGUAGUUCGGCGAGGUUCCUCCACUUGCAUUGGUAGUUUCGUGCUUCUGAGCAACUUGUUCGUAAUGUGUCUUUUUGUCCGCUUUGUUCAAACCUUUUCUGGUAAAACAUGACCUCACUUAAUGUAUCUUUACAUUGUCAUCUAUCUUUGUAUUAAUCUUCUGAUUUUCCAGUUCAGUUGGCAAAUUGACAUGGUUAUAUUCUUGUUUGAAUUAGUUUAUUUAUCACUAUCCUGUUUUGCUUUGACUUACUCUCAAAAUAUCAAAUAGAGUACCUUUUAGUUUUUUACUAUGGUUAUGAAAUUUUACAGUCUUCACUAAUUGUUACUAUGCCCAGGGAUAAUGGUCGUUCUACAGGAGUCAAAGUUGCUUUUACUAUUUCACAGCUGUGCCUUUUGGGCAGGCGUGCUAGCAAUAAGGUCGGGGAAAAAAUUUGAUUGUUGAUCCUGUUCCUACCAUUUCCAGGUAACUUUCUCUAUCUCUCUAUGACUAUAUCUGGCCUUAACAUGCUUUUACGUGCUCGGAAAGCAAUAUCAGUAAUAACUCAAGCAUCCCUUUUUUUUGCCCUUUAAGGGAAUGUAAAAGCUUGGUGCUUCAGUGUGUUGAUAAAAUGUAAAAGUUGGUAUUUACAAGCCUAAAGUUAAGCUGAACCCCAGCACACAGACACAUUAAUAUCUCAGAGGCACUCACACAGGGCAGCAGCAGGUUGAGGUUUCCUGCAGCUGCCAUAGCCCAGGAGCGUGCCUUCGAUUUGAUUUGUUGGACCAACUCGUAGAUGUCUGGGUGCUCCUCAUCAAAGGUGCUAUGAGGAAAGGAACAGAUAUCAAGUCUAGACUUUAGCUUCAGGUUGCCUCAUACACCAUCAUGUCGUUGUACGGCUUUCUUAUUAAAUUUCUGACGGAACUGGCUUUGUCAGCAAUUUGUAUGGUGAUUGAAGUGUAUUGCACCGCCCUUUGAAUCUAAUGCCCUCAUCUGGACCAUAAUGGGCAACGUACACUUCAUACGUCACAACAGAUGAUCUCAUUAUUAACUAUCCCACCAAACCGCUCCACAGAACUGCCGUUAAUCAUUGGUCAGGGAGGAUGUGUAUUCUCAAAGGACCCGUAUCUAACGCAUUUGCUUGUAGAUCCUUCUUAUGUUCACGCUGAGACAUCCAACUUUAAUCCUUCAUUUUUGGCCUCCACUAACCUGAGGUCGUCACAUGUGAGUAAGAAGUCUUUGCAUUAAGUUUUGAAAUGAGGUUAUCCCUAGUGCUUGACACGAAAGAGGUCAACAUAGAGGAGAGAAAGGCGCAUUCCUAUUCGGUCAUUAAAGCCCACAAAGAAUUCUUGGUAUGCUUUACCUCUUAUUCUCUAUUAGAAUGAAUGGUACGCAUGCUUCCCACUGGAUAUCCAUGCUUUAUGCCUCUCUCUCCUCUGAAAGUUGGAAGGCCCCCCAUCCUUGUAUGCAUCCAGGGUGAUUCAUUGUCAGGCGUUAUAGCUCCUGGUAUCUGGUCUUGGUUUUCUAAAGGAUGUUGUAGCAAAUAAGGGACAGUUUUUUUGGGGCUGAGGGCUGGCUGUGGAAAUAAGCUGCCCCCUACCCAGCUUAUUCUAGAAGCUCAACCUAAAAUUUUAUUUUAGAAGAUCAAGUUAUCAGAGAAUCAACAAUUUUAUCUCUAGAAUGAAUUUGAUAUUUCAACCAAGUAUCAUUUAGUACCAGAACUAUUGCUGAUUCUGGAAGAAAAAAAUAUUCCUUCCUUAGUCCUUACCUACCUUUUUUACGUGUAUAAUACAAGCUGUGUCAUCAUAAGCUUUUUGUUGCUUUGCAGAAAGGGCCUUUGAUUUUAUAAGUUGUUAAGCAAUUACGUAAAGAAAAGGAGUCUGCUAUGACUUUCCCUUUUUUACAAACAUCCCUUUUUAUCAGGAUUACAUCUCCCUAACCAAAUACAGAUACCAGUCUGCUGAUGGUGAUUGUUAUUUAAGGGUAUUUCCCCCCAACGGUUCAACUUGAGCCUCUUAAUUCAAUCUGGGAACCAGUAUUUAUGUGUGCAGAUCAGAUGAUAAUACACUGGGGUGUUUUAUAAAGAAUAGGAUGGAAGCAGAUGCUUUAAGCCGCCAGUCUGCAAGUUUAUCGCUUAAGAGGUGAAGUGGUGUUUACGUUCCUUAUCCAGAGAAUUACUGAAUCUUUGUAGUUUCUUGUUAUUACUAGGAACUACAAAAGCUCUGGUACUGAUUUUUCAGGUUGCAGAUCUCCAAAUUGCAUGUUUCUUUUUCAAACGUUAGAGCAUGUCCAGAUGCUGCUUCACUGGAGUUGGAUCCAUCAACAGCCAAGUAUAUUUCAUGGACGAACAUGCACCUGAGAUUCCAGUUGGUUAUAGCAGUUCCGCCACUUCACCAGCCAGCAGCGUCUGGGAGAGUCACCAGAUCCUACACAUGCAUGCACCCUUCCCCUCAUGGAGCCCCCACACCGGCACACUCCUUACCGCCGCUGCCACUGACCCGGCAACCUUCUGCGAGGAUCCCUUGUCACCAGCCCGCACACACCUUCCAAGCGGGCAUCUAUGGAACCAGACUGACCUUAGCAUGGGAGUUCAUGGGAGCAGCAACGAGCUUGGCGGGAGCAGUGGCCAUGGAAAGGACUUCCUUUCCUUGCUCGAAGCGAGGACGGUGAUGCCAGAAAUGCUCGAUGAUUUCUCCUCGGCGGCAUGCGACUACCUCAAAGGGAUGGACGGCAGCGACUACAACAGCAUCUCCGGAUCAGCUUCCUAUGGUUUUGACAGUGGCGGUCCGUACGCUGGCCCCAGUGUUCUGCCCGUCAGGCGUGAUGGGAUUGCGAGCUCUCCACCGGUGUACCUCGGGAACAGUACCUUGGUGCAAGAGAGCAUGAUGGGUUGCAUGCCAAGCCACAACCACGAGGUAAAACUAGAUGGUUCCCAGCAGCAGGAGCUUGGAGCUCCCAUGAAUGCAUUCCUGCACAAAACGCUUCCUACUAGUGUUGCAAUUCAUGGAAGCCCUCUGGGUUAUUCUGGCUCUGGGAGCGAAAGGGCUUUCCCGGAGGGCCGAGUAAUGCAGGUUUCGUUUGAUGCUAGGAUUUCACCAGAUGCAAUCUAUGCUAGUGGUUACAGAUCAAAAACAGAAUUGGCACAUACCAAUCAGUAUGAGCAACGUACUAUUUUGGCAAGGACUGGUACAGGUCAAAGUGGUGCUGCAGGUGAUCCUAAGAAGAGAAAAUCAGAGGAAAAGUUGGCAGGCAACGGAAAGAGGUCGAAGAAAGAUACUUCAAGUAGAUCACCUCCCAAGGCAGAAGUGCCUGAUAUGAAGUUGGGAGAGAGAGACAAGAUCAUAGCAUUGCAGCAGAUCAUCUCACCGUAUGGGAAGUUGUAUUUUAUCAGACGGAUAGAGCGUCAGUGUUGUAUGAAACCAUCAAGCACAUCGAAUAUCUACAUGAGCAAAUACAGCUAUUGAGUGAACCCUACAUGAAGAAUAGCACAAACGAGGUGCCCUUUCAAUGGGGAGGUAAAGAGGAGGACUUGAGAGGCAGAGGGCUUUGCUUGGUCCCUGUUUCUUGCACCCCGCAAGUUUUCCAGGAUAAUAGCCUGCCGGACUGCUGGACGCCGGUGUACAAGAGCUCCCGGUACCAAUGAUCCCAGCAAUCGCAUGUUUCCUUUAUCACCUCUACUUGUCAUGCUCACGAAUUGGUUGGGGUGUUUACGACUUUACGGGUAGUCGGUUAUUUUGCUUGUGUUCUCCUUGUUUUUACUUUACUAUACUAGUUUUGUUUCAGGUGUAUUGUAUGGUGGCCGAUGUGUAGUCUAGAAUAACAAAGUUGUGGGUCUUAGAUCUUUGACUUUGUACGAAAACGGUGCCGAUGCAGGCUUAGCACUCGCUAAUAGGAGAACAGUAAUAACUAUUUCUGUCUUUUGAAGGUUGAACCGCACUGCUUGUACUUGA